GGAAUUUUACGCGGGAACUGUGUCGGCGGCCAACCUCGGAGUUCCAGUCUGUCUGCUCGUGAAGUGUCUCUGAAAUGGGUACCACUACCAAUGAUAUUAUUGUUGAUCAACGAAUUCGCGACAUUCAGAGAGAAUAUCUAGAGUUCCUGGAAGAUGAUGAAGAUGCAGGUCUGUAUACACAGCUGGUUCGUGAUAUGGUGGCUAAUGGCGAAUGCCGCCUUAUCGUGAAUAUCAAUGAUCUGCGGAAGAAGAACCCUCAACGCGCAGCUGGACUUUUGAACGCUGGCUAUGAAGAGCUACCAGCUUUUCAUCAAGCUCUGAAGGAGUUUGUUGCUGUAGUAGAUACAAAUUAUGCCAAACAACAAGAAGAACUUUUUGUUGGUUUUGAAGGCAGCUUUGGUAGUAAACAUGUAUCUCCCAGGACCCUGAAUGCCAGGCAUUUGGGAAAUUUGGUGUGCGUUGAAGGCAUUGUGACAAAAUGUUCUUUGGUUCGCCCUAAAGUUGUUAGGUCAGUUCAUUACUGCCCUGCCACUAAGAAGACUUUGGAGCGCCGUUAUGCAGAUAUGACUUCUUAUACCCCAUAUCCCUCCUCUGCUCUUUAUCCAACAAAGGAUGAUGAUGGUAACCUUUUGGAAACUGAGUAUGGGCUGUGUGUUUACAAGGACCACCAGACUAUUACCAUACAGGAAAUGCCUGAGAAAUCUCCUGCUGGUCAGUUGCCUCGAUCAGUAGAUAUUGUUCUUGAUAAUGACAUGGUUGAUAAGUGCAAACCGGGAGACAGAAUCCAGAUUGUCGGCAUCUACCGUUGUUUACCCAACAAACAGAAUUCGUUCACAUCAGGAACAUUCAAAACUAUUCUGUUAGCGAACAAUGUAAUUCUUAUGAAUAAAGAAGUUACACCAAAUAUUUCAUCUGAUGAUGUACGCAAUUGCAAAAUCUUUUCAAAGCGAAAGGGUGUUGAUGUGUUUGAAUUGUUGUCAAAGUCUCUUGCACCCAGUAUCCAUGGCCAUGAUUAUAUCAAAAAGGCACUUCUUUGCAUGUUGCUUGGAGGAGUAGAGAAGGUUCUUCCAAACGGAACACGAUUGAGAGGUGACAUCAAUAUCCUCUUGAUUGGAGAUCCAUCUGUAGCCAAAUCCCAGCUACUUCGUUAUGUUUUGAACACUGCUCCUCGUGCUAUUACCACCACUGGUAGGGGAUCUUCAGGUGUAGGUUUGACAGCUGCUGUUACAACUGAUUUAGAAACUGGAGAGAGAAGGCUGGAGGCUGGUGCUAUGGUUCUUGCUGAUAGGGGAAUUGUUUGUAUUGAUGAGUUUGAUAAAAUGAGUGACAUGGACCGUACAGCUAUCCAUGAAGUUAUGGAACAAGGUCGUGUCACCAUAUCUAAGGCUGGAAUUCAUGCAAGGCUCAAUGCCAGGUGCUCAGUUUUAGCAGCUGCUAACCCAGUAUAUGGCCGAUAUGAUCAGUACAAGACACCAAUGGAAAACAUUGGCCUUCAGGAUUCACUUCUCUCACGUUUUGAUUGUCUCUUCAUUAUGCUGGAUAUUGCUGACCCAGAAUCAGACCGCAUGAUUUCAGACCACGUAGUGAGAAUGCAUCGAUACAGGGCUCCUCAUGAACAAGAUGGUGAAGCUCUACCUAUGGGUGUUGGUAUUGAUGUGCUAUCCACCCAGAAUCUUGAGCAAGAUGAUGAUGACCUAGCAGAAACCCCAAUAUAUGAAAAGUAUGAUGCCCUGCUCCAUGGGAAUCUCCGUUCUAAGAAUGACAAGAUUGUUAGUAUGAAAUUUAUGAAGAAGUAUAUCCAUAUUGCUAAGAGUAUCAAGCCGACAUUGACCAGAGAAGCUUGUGAGGCCAUAGCAGAAGAAUAUUCUCGUCUCCGGUCUCAAGAUACAGAACACACUGACAUGGCAAGGACUCAACCAGUUACUGCUCGUGCCUUAGAGACCUUGAUCCGUUUGGCCACAGCUCAUGCCAAGGCCAGACUUUCCCGACAGGUUACUGUGGAGGAUGCUGAAUCAGCCAUUGAGAUGGUUUCAUAUGCUUACUUCAAAAAGGUUAUGGAAAAAAAGAAAAGACGUAAGGAUGAUGAUGAAAGUGCCACAGAGACAGAGGGUGAAGAAGAAGUAAAUGAGGAGGGUAACAAGAAGAGAAAGCGUACAGAACAAGAUGGAAGCCAGAAGUCAAAGAAACCGAAAAAGAAGCCUGGUGAUGAAGGUUAUGAUCCAUAUGACAUUGAGAGUGCUGAUGAAGGAGGCCCAACAUCACCAACACCAGCAUCUGUUAGGAGCACUGUAGUCCGGCAGUCUAGAUCAUCAGAUGAUGCUACCUCAACUCCCAUCCUUAAGGAAAUAGCUGAAGACAGACUUUCGGCGUUCCGCACUUCGUUGAGCAGAUUAUUUGCAUUGGAUGCAACUGAAACGCUUCCCAUGGGUCGUGUCCGUGAGUACAUGAAAGGCAAGACAGAAGGUUCGUUCAAUGAAGAUGAAAUUGAAGCUGCUAUACAGCGUAUGACAGAUGCUAACCAAGUUAUGUUGACGGAUGAAAUGCUUUUCCGUAUUACUUAAGAUCUGAUUUCUGUAUAUGAUGGAACUUUGUAUAUUUUUGCUUCUGUCUUACACAUUUUUUCUAAACUAAUGUUUUUCCGCUAACUCAAAGUAGAUUCUGUUAGAUAUUGUACAUGAAAGCUAUGGUCUGUUAGGGUACUGUAAAAGUAGUUCAGUUAGCAGAAAGAUAAUGUAUUAAAACUUGUAUGCUAUAUGUUCCUUAUUCUUUUAAAGCAUUUUUUAUUUUAAAUAAAUUUGUAAUAACUUUA